AUGUCUACACGUACCGUUGGAAUCAUCGGUGCCGGACACGUCGGAUGUGCCCUUGCCUUUGACCUGUCAAGCCGGGGCUACGAGGUGAUUCUAAGGACAAUGCCAGGCCAUCCAGGAAUCACGUCCAAGAUCAGGGAGAACGGCAAUGUCAUUGAGUGCUCAGGAGUCCUCUCCGGCCGUGUCCCGGUCAGGAUAGAGGAAGACGUGAGCGUCGCCUCGAACCUCGAGACGUUUCUCGUCGUCUGCGUGCCGUCACAAGGCCACGACGCCGUCUUGGAAGAGCUGGCGCAGCACGACUUGAGCGGCUGCAUCGUGAUUUUCAUCUCGGGAAACGCCGUGUCGGUCAAGGCCAGGCGAGUUCUACGGGCCAGGGCGGUGCUGGAAUCCAGCAGCUCGCCGUACAGCUCGCGGGUCAACUCGGAGGGCACGGUGGCCAUCAGGGGCAUCAAGAGCCGGCUCCAGCUGGGGCCCAUGGCCGCGGCAGAUGGCGACGAAGAUCGCAAUGAGGUCGGCAAUCUCUUCCACCUGCCCAUCGAGUGGAGCCAGACAGGGCUGGACAUCUUCCUGUCAGCCGUCAACGGCGUGGUCCACGUGCCGACUGCGCUUCUGAACCUGGGCUGGAUCGAGACGACUAAUGGCGACUUCUACUUCUACCGGCAGGGCAUGAGCGCCGGCGUCUGCAGCAUCAUCGAGGCGGCUGACCGCGAGCGGCUCGCCGUGGCGGCCGCGUAUCGCUGCCCCGUGCAGUCAGCCCUCGACGUCUACAACAAGAACUACGGCCGCCAGGACCAGACGAUGCGCGAGUUCGCCCUCAACACCGACGCCCACAACCGCACCAAGGGCGCGCAGAAGCGCUUCCUCAGCCAGGACGUCCCAUACUGGCUCGUCCUCUGCGCCGACCUCGGAGCCAGGGCCGGCGUCCCGACGCCCGUCACCGACAUGCUGAUCCUCCUGGCCUCGAUCUUCAGCGGCACCGACCUCAGGGCCACAGGGCGGACGCUCGAGUCACUGGGGCUGCGCGACGCCUCCAUGGAGGAUGUCGUCCGGGCGUUCCGGGCACCCCGGGGUGAGGACGGGGCGGCCCGCGUGACGGCCAAGGCGCAGCUGCUGGGGUUCUCCUGGAUCCGUCGAGGCUUGUUAUUCUGA